ACAGGCAGGGACAGGCAGGGAAAGGGGUGUGAGAGGUAAUUUUAACUGAGAGCAAGUGCUCCAGAGAGAGGUAGAGAGCAAGAGCAUGUGUGUGGGAGGGACAGAGAGAGAGAGUGUGAGAGCAAGUCAGGGGACAGGGGCUGUAAAUCCGUUAACAGGGGCGCUCUGUGCAUUUGUUAGACGUCUUGGCUGUCAGCCCAACUUGGCUCAUUGUAAUCAAGGCAUGAUCGUGGACUCCAAGCAGCCCUCUCCGCCACCUCGGCUGUUGCCUCGCGCUUGGACCCAGCCCAGGUUUCAACGCUGACAUGGAGAGACCUACCCCCAGUGACGUCAUGUUGAAGAAAGAGAAGGAUGUGGAGCUGGAUAAGAAGAUUGAGGCGCUCCGCAGGAAGAAUGAAGCACUCAUGAAGAGGUACCAGGAGGUAGAGGAAGACAAGAAGAGAGCGGAGAAGGAAGGAAUGAUACUGCAAAGCCCUAAGGGUAAAGCAGGAGACUUAACCAUCACCAUCAACAAGUCUACCAGCGAUCCUCGUGUUGUGAUGACCAAACCAGGGACGGGUGGUUCUCCCUCCACAAAGUGGGUCCAGGAGCUUGGGGAGGGGGAGGCGGAGGGGAACCUGCUGGGCUCUGGGCGGGGCAGGAGGAAGCAGCUACUGGUCACCAUGGCUGGCAACACAAAGGGUAAGAGGGUGGUGAGUGAGAGGCUGGAGAGAAGACCAGGUCCAGGUCCCCUCAGUCCACUGGAUGUGAAGAGCCCUACAGAGGACAACCAGCACCGUGUGGAAUCAACAGCAAGAGGAAAACACCAGCACACAGCAAAGAGGGACACAGGACCACAGGAUGAAGUGGGGCAGGGGAAGUGUUUGACAGAGGAGCGUCACUGGCUGUCAGAGUGUGAGCCUUACCACCAGGAGUCUGAGAGGCUAGACCCAGCGUGCGACACAGACCUCACCAUCCCCACGUCUAAAGUGGAGCAGCAGGAGUACUUGUGCUGGAAGAUGGAGCGUGAGCAGAUCGACCGUGAACGCUUGGCGCGCCACAAAAAUGCCAAGGGCCAGUGGAGGCGGGCAUGGGACAUGGACAAAACAGAGAAUAUGUUUUCAGAUAAAUCUCCUAGGGAGAGAGAAAGGGGGCCUACAGCCAGAGGAGGAAGAAAUGCAAAGAGAGGUCACCCCAAAUCAAAUGCUGAUCCACUGGGUCAGCAGCUGGGGGGCAAAGACAAGCGGGGUAAAAAUGUUCCAGUGGUCAGCAGUAAAGCCAAGGGCAAGGACCGGCUGACUGGGAGGGCCAGAAGAUGGGAUGCCAGCGAGGAUGGGGAAGAUUUGCAGGCCUCUAAGACUAGUUUGGAUGAAUUCUUAGAAGAGCUUGAUGCUUUGGCUGACCCUGACAUGGAUGACUCCACUGCAGAAACUCCAGAGGUCAAAGAGGGUGACCUCAAAAUGGAGUCUUCGCUAACCCUGGAUGUGGUGAAGACCGAGAAAGAGAGUGGAAGCGUCAGUCCUGGCCUGGACAAGGCCGAGACGGCUCAGGCCCCAGCCGACCCCCUGGAGGAUGGGACAUCCAGACAGGGGAAGGCUGAGGCCUCGUCCCCUCAAGCUACAGAGAAGAAGGUCCGCUUCUCAGAGGAGCUCAUCAAGGGGCCCGGUGCCUACGAGAAGCCCAGUACUGGAGCCCAGAACUCUGCCCGCUCACAAACCAAGGGCACCAGCGUGUUAAAAGUUGCCUCCCCCAUCAAAAACGGACAGAAGUUCGAGGAGCAGAAGCAGUCCCCCAAGGGCGACCAGGAGCAUGCUGGUAAUGACCUGGACUGGGGGGAUCGGCAGGCUGCAGCUUUCCAGGCACAGAGCUCAUCUGAUGGGCAUAGACAGGGUCAGGAGGGCCCUCCGUUUCUUGAUGCCUCCAAAACAGAAUGUGCUGAAAGCGGCCAUGACGGUGUGCUCAGCCCUGUUCUUCUCAUUUCACACUGCGAUGCCCCUCCACAGGAUAAUUCUGUCCAACCUUUAGAGCAUGCCAAGAGCAAUACAGAGGAGCUGAUUGACUCCAGUCUGUCUGUUCUCAGCCUGGAGUCAGGAGAGACUCACCCAACCCACACCACCAGUACCGAUAAGGCAAGAGAAAAUGGGAAGAUUGUUUGAAGGACUUUUGAUGUUGCUAUAAUAUUUUCUAGAACUGAACAACAACAUGCUUAAUUAAUUCAAGCGUUUACCAUGAGCCUUUUAGUUUAAUACCGCACUUGCUUCCAAUAACUCUUUGUAGAUGUCUAGUUGGUCAGGUUAAGACUAACAUGCACAAUGUUGUUUCUUUUGAAAGGAUGCUAGCUGCUCCAGGUGGGAAAAGGAAACCAUACAUGUUCAAGUGAAGUCAUUUUGAGCCUUUUGUCUGCUUGAAAAUACUUUGCUUACAAGCACUUUAUUCUUUAUGAGGUAUGAGUACUGACAUGUCAUACAUUACUUAAAGUUGGAAUCUUUAAUGGUGAAACCGCUACGUCCGUUUGCGAUAUUACAACAACAAAGAAGUUACUGCAAACAACGAACAGUUUUUUUUUCUCCUCUGACAUCAUUUCACGCGUGAUAGAAGAGCACAAUAUGUAUUGCAUUUUUUUUUACCAUGCUGCACGGCGCUCCUCAGCUCAGCAAUAGUAACAAUGGUGGUGGUGGGGCGGCCAGCGGCGCUGUUUCCCCUUACUGCGGAUUCCAUCUUUAAGUGUGUUAUUUGAAUGGCUGUUUUUGUUUACAUUUGAAGUAUUAUUUCAAGGUACCAGUCCCAAUGCUUGUAUUAGUUCAGUUCCUAUGGAUGACUAACCUACAUAACCUGAACAGGCCCUGCCAUUAACCUUUGCCAGCCUUAGCAGUUGAAUGACAAAAUAUAAUUAGCAUUAUAUGCUAAUAGUUGUACACUGACUUUAUUUACAGUACUAGUCAAAAGUUUGGACACACCUACUCAUUCUAUGGUUUUUCAUGUAAAAAAAACUAUUUUCUACAUUGUACAAUAAUAAAGACAUGCAUGGAGUCAUGUCGUAACCAAAA